AUAUUAUGCCGAAGAAAAAAAAAAAGGGAGAUAAAGAAAAAAAAGUACGAAAAAAAUCAAGCAUCAGCGAACGUGACACUGUAUUUUUUGAGCAACAGAUUGUUGACAAUAAUCGAAUCUUAGCUAGAGUCCGUGGUCGUAAUGAAUUUCUCGAGGCUGAAACUGAGACGCUAAAAGGCAAACUAAGCCAACUGGAAGAAGACCGCUCUGAUGUAAUUGCUCAUUUGAAGAGAAUUUUACACCAAAAGACUGAAGAAGCACGAGAGUUGAGCGAACGGCUCUUGGCUAUGGAGGAAUUACGUAAAGAGGAACAAAAUCAAUUUAAAACUAAAGAAAAUAACAUGUUACAAGACUAUCAUAAUAUGGAAACUACUCUUAACGCUGAAGUUAAAUUAGUUGCUGGAAAAUUAAAUGCAUUAGAGGAAUGGAGAAAUGCGCGUGCUGAAUUAACUCAAAAGUUUGAAAUACAGGAGCAACAAAUGGCUGAACAAGAGCAACGACAUGCUGAAACUCUCUACGAAACUGAAAAGUCAUUAAUUAUUGGUAAAGCCAAGAUGCAAAAAGAAACAGAAGAACGUUUAAAUGAGCUUGCAUUAAAAUUUCAAGAAGCAACAAAUCUCCGUAUUGCUGACGCAACACAUCGAGCAGUUCGAGAAAAUGUAGCUCUGCAUUUGGAAUUAGACAAAAUGUUGAAAGUUUGUGAGGAACUGGAAGAUAAGACACAGACUUAUAAAGAUAAAGAGGAGAAUGCACGUCUACGUGCAUCUUUGUUUGAAAAGGAAGCACAGAUUGCUCUCAAUAAAGUUCUCGAGAGGAAUAAAAUUAUACAGUCUUUGCUAGAGGAGCAUUUAAGCAUGUCACGGGUGAGGACUAAUAAUAUGCGGAUAAGAUCUCAGGCUGCGAGCAAAGAGGAACUUGUGAAAUUGUAUGAGGAUCAGUAUAGUGAUGAUUUGAAGAAAAAAGAAAAAAUAGAAAAAAAUAUUAUAGAAGCUGAAGAUUCGAGGAGAAGUAUUUUGGAACAAGUUCAAAUUGAUAAUAGACGGAUGAAAAAACUUGGGGAGCUUUUGGAGACUGUUAGAAAUUUAAUUACUGAAUUGACGGUAAAAACUAAAUCUGUUGAUUGUAAAGUUUGUGAAGUCGAUGAAAGUUUUAAAGAAAAACUUAUGAGUAUUUAUAAAUUGUUAGAAAAAUUAAAUGCUUCCACUGAAAUAAUAUCUGAAUAA